GUGCUGCUACAUCUCAAAACUUGAGUAGUAACCUUUGUCUUUGUUAAAUUUCAAGUUAAUUUGUUUGUGUUGAGUGUUUAUUUUUUGGGAUUUUUGAUAUCAUCAUUUGAUUGAUCUCGCUCUCAUUCCCAAAUCAGAGUGUAAUUCGUAUUCGUGGAUUUGUUCAGGAUUCCAAGCCGGAACGAACUUUUGUCAACUGUCAUUAGUGUCAAAACAACUUUUAAAUGCACAACAAAACUAAAAAUAAAUCUAUAAAUAUUUCUUACAUGAAUAAAUCACAGGUAUAAACAUGUAUAGACCUGAAUUCUUUUGUCACAGUAUUUUUACCGACAUGAGAAAUCAGCAUGAGCCAGAGCGCUGUUCGUUAAUUCCGAUUCAGAUAUCUGAUGAUAGUUUUCAAGAAGACACUAAACCAAUAAUUCAUGAUCUGGAUAGUGAAACUUCGAAUGAAUACAAAAAAUUAAAGCAACAGAAAUGUAAUGUAUGUGAUAAAGUUUUAUCUUCGGCUUCAAGCUACUAUGUGCAUAUGAAAAAACAUUCUAAUAAUAAACCAUAUCAAUGUACCCACUGCGAUGCUUCAUUUUGCAGAAAACCGUAUUUAGAGGUUCACAUGCGAACACAUACUGGAGAAAAACCAUUUGAAUGUGAUGUAUGUCAAAAACGCUUCACCCAAAAAUCUAGUCUAAAUACUCACAAAAGAAGUCAUACUGGCGUCCGACCAUUCUCAUGUGAUAUUUGUUUCAAACGAUUUUCAGUUAAAUCAUAUUUAGAAGCCCACAAGUGGAGUCAUGCGGCAUCUAAUGGUAUAGCUUGUAAUAUCUGCCACACAACUUUUAACAAUAAAAGUCAUUAUAUGUUACAUAUGCAAACACAUAACUCAUCGGUGUUCAGUUGUGAUAUUUGUCGUAAAAUUUUUGCAAAAGAACCGUUUUUGAUUAGACAUAAAAGUAGGAUGCACAACAAUAAAAUAAUAAAUGACAUUUCAACCGGUUAGGUAUUACUUUAUAAUGUAGAUAAACAAAUUGUGUGUGUGUGUUGUGUAUUAUACAUAUAUUUAUGAGAAUUUUAGAAUUGAUUUUCAUAUUCAACUGAAUAACUUAAGCUCGACAAUUUAGCAGUUUCUAGUAAAUCUUAGAGAAUAUAAUUUAUUCCAGUUACUUUAUUUUUACAUUGGUCAUAAUAAAUAUGAAAAAUAUAAACAAUUACUUAAAUGAUGGAAUUGUAUUUGGGAAAAAUGAGAAAACGAACUAGUACUGAAACUAAAAAUUGUGGAUAGUGAAUAAACAAGUCUCUUUUCAGCUCGAUUACACAAAUUUGAUAUUGUUUUUUAAUCAUGAAUUUAGCCGUGUGUGAGUGAUUCGAUAAGAGCCGAAGCUCUCAUAAUUUUGAAUUUAGAAAUGAAUUGUACUGAUUUCUUGUCUAAUUUUAAACAAGAUGAGGGCUUGAUUAAUUCUGUAUGUGCGGGAUUUCUGUUACCGGGAGUUUGCAACCCUGAUCAGAAGUCAUCAUGUAGAAUUUUUAAAACCGUCUAUAGACUUUUGAUAACAAACUAUUCUUGAUUGAACUAACUUUCUUUCACUCCUUAUAAAAAGAACUAGAGCCAUUCAUCAAAAGUGGUUGCUUCCUAACUUUAUUUCUUUAAGAAGACCCGAUUUCCAUUCCAAUUAACUUAAUGAGGUGGUUCGUUGCAGGUGAAAUUCUUCAAAGCUUUCCUAUGUAUGAAAUAGACGUUUUCAAAAAGGUCUAUCUGGCAACCUCAAAAGAGUGCAAGAUAUCGAUUUAGAGUAGGCCACAAAAGCGGUUUUGGAAAAAUGCAUUCAGUCAAAUAUCUUUCGCAAGGAUUGUAGAAAUUCUUUGAUGUAUAUGGUUUGCAAACUUUUGGGGAAAUGCCCGUUAGCAUUCUAAUUAACUAAAGCAAUAAGUUUCCUUAAUCCCAAUAAGACUAGCAAUAAUCUAGAACAAUCCACGCAACUCAUGUCUGAAGCAAUUGAUAUUUUGUUUACUGCCAACAGAUGUAACGCCACUACGUUAGUAGAAGCAGAUGGGGCAUUUAGAGAUAUAAGAUCCCUCUAAAUAAGAUGGAAAACUAUUCCAGACAUGAUAGAGUAGAUGAUUUUUGGAUGGAAAUUAUCUAAUAGUUUAAAAAAGGUGACGCUAUUUCUUCAAAUAAUUUCUCAUGGCAUUGCAAAAGCAAGGAGAGGAUUUUCUGUCAAUAAGAAGAAUUUGAUUGAAAAUUUGAAAGGAUAUUCACUUUAUAGGCCAAAGAUUGGUGUACGAUUAUCUACAAAAAAUCGGUGGACAAAAAAAUUUAGAUAUUCCAAAAUCUAUUAUACUCUCUAUGAGGAAUGGUUGUAGCACAAAAAGACAAAAAAUCACGAGAUUUUCUAGAAACUGAGAAAAGAAAACUAGAAAAACUAAAAAACUGGAAACAAAAAGAAAAAAUGCUUAAAGACUUUCAAAAACAACUUGCAGUAGUGGAGCAAGAAUUACUUAAAUUAAAAGAUUACUUGUUUGUUUUAUUAUAAUUGUAUUUUCUAAAAUAAAUAUAGAAAAUAUUGAUAUAGAAAGUACAUAGGCAAAACUGUGUUUUAUAUUUUUUGAAUAAUGUCUAGUAAUGAUUGAAUCUUGAUUUAUUGACUUUGCUAGGUUUCAAUAAAUAACUUUUUUUUUAAAUUUAGGCCAAAUUUUAGCGUUUAUCAAAAUAUUUUUUAUUAUUGUCAACCUGGUUGUAGUAUGAUGCUGAAGGAUUCCACAAAUACAAGAGUGAGAAAAAUGUCGUUUUUUAAUAAAUAAAACUGGACGUAGUCUUUCUCGAUGGACAUUCUCGCAAUCUCAGACGACUGUUUCCCUUGGUUCUGCGCAGAAUCGACAAGAGCUGUUGAAAUCUUCUCCGAUGUUCGUCACCAAACAGUGUCCAGUAAACAUACCAGUAACUCUUUUUAGCCCCUCUUAGUUUAAUGAAACAACUUUUUAGGUUCAGUUAGUUUAACAAACAAUUCUCUGCAAUUAACUUUGUUCUUUGCUAAUAUUUAUGUAUCUCGGUAGUUGAAUUGUGGGUAAUGUAUGGAUGCCUUAUAUUUCCGAAUGGAAAAUAAGCUUCUGAGCCCGUUGAAAUUAGCGAGCUUCGUAGGAUCCCAUUAUCAACAUUAGUCCAUAGCUGUGCUUGUUCAUAAUUGCCCAUGAAGCAUCAUUUGAAAGACAUGGCGUCCUUGACCAUUUCAAUGGGCAACUUACAUUGUUCUAUAGCGCUUAGAUGCCCAGCUAUGUCGUCAGCGCUUUACUGCUUCAUUUUCUACUAAUGCCUUUAAGUCUAAGAUGACUGGGUCUUAAUAUUUGAGUGAUCAAUUCGAUGUUUUGACUGUUCAAAAACGUUUUUGUUUGAACCAAUGUGUGAGAACUAAAAAUGUCUUCUGCGGUUGGUUUUUCUGAUUUUUUUCGAACAUUACAGAAUUGUAAUCCAUAGAAAAUGCCCACCAUAAGAUACUUGUUCAACAAGUGAACUUUUGUGUCACUUUUGCCACUCAAUUAUUAACCAAGAAUUUAAAAAAAUUACAGUCAAUUUAUUUCAUUGGUAUUUCGAUUAGUGUUUUAACAUUUUUAAUCCGUACUUUUUCCCAACACAGUUUAUUCGUUCGAUCAAGUGCUGCAUAUUCUCAAUAGUGUCUGUUAUUAGAACUGAGUCGUCUGCGUUUCUAAUAUUGUUUACAUACACCCCGUUAACUUUCACUCCUCUAUCUACACUUUCAAGUGCUUCAUUAAAGAUGGCCCCAGAGUAGAGAUUAACUGAAAGUCGAAACAGGAUGCAUCCUUGUCUGAUCCCUCUGCUAAUUGCUGUUACCUGUUGUUAGUUUAUCAUUUCUUCGCACCUAAUUCCAAGUAAUUUUCUUGGGGUAAAUUACUUCAGUCGUUUCCCGUUGCCUUCUGAAGGGUUUGUAUAGUUUUUCUCCUCAAUUUAUAUAGAAUAUAGUUCAUAUAGAAUGAACUGUCCCUAUUUAAACUAUUUUUACAUUUAAGAACCUUAAAACUUUCAAAUGUAUCGAACAAUUUGUUUUUUAACAAAUUUACAUUAUUAUGAUUCCAUUCAUAUUGGAUCUUUGAACUGGACAUAACCAGACAUCUUAGUUUGCCCAACAUAAUUAUUGUCACAACAAUUAUUAAAGCUAAUUUCAUAACAACCGCUUUUCCAAAUUCUAAUAAUAUAUUCUUGGAAUGGACCAAUAUUUUUUUUAAUGUAUUAUUGUUAAUUUUUUAUUAUUAUGUAAAAAAUAUGUGCUAUUGGAAGAAAAUGUUAGAAAUGUUAUGUGAUAUUAUAUCUAAACCCAGGAGAACAUAAUUGUGUGGCAGUACCAUAUCUUUAACAGUUCUGUUAAAAGUAAAGGAUUUUUUAAUGUGCUGUUGAUGAAGAUAUAAAAUGUUUGUCAAAGUAUCAGUUAACCCAAGAAUAAGAUGUUCAAUUGGAGUAUUAAUUGAUGCUACAGUUAGUCUAGUUGCUAAUGUAGAUCCAUUGGUAAACAAGAUAAUUUAGCAGAAAUACCUUCCGUUCAUUUCUCUUGUUGUAAAUUUGCUUUUUGCCGUAUUUUUUUAUCAAAUUAUUGAAUUUAAUAAUUAUUUUAAGAACGUAGUAGUAAGCUAUUUAUGUAUACGUUGCUACUUAAAGUUUUGAAAUAGACAAAUAAAAACAAAUAUCUUAAAACUUAAGUAGCAACAUUCGCAUGAUGUAUUAUUGUCAAUCGUGAUGUAAGUGAUCGAUCCACUACUGUACAAUUUUUUAACAACUAUAUGAAAUUUAGAAUCUGAUCGACACUUGUUAUUGUCUUGAGGGGUGUCAGUUGAACCAACAGUCGCUUUAAAAUACUUUUGAUAAUAAAUGUGAUAAUGUUUACUUAGGACAGCCAUCUUGUUGAGAAAAUACAGAUACCAAAAAUAAAUAAAUAAACUUGAAACAAUCAAUUACAAGAAAAUUAGAAUUUUCAGAAAGGGUUCACGUAAACAGAAAUUUGUUAGACUUUAACAUACUAUUUUAUAUGUAUGGUGAAAACAUUUUAUUUUCAUGUGGUGGGUGAUUUAUAGACUGAUAUAAUUGACCGAGUUGUCAGGGUUAAAUUGUAUUUUGAAAAACGCUGGAAUUUGGUCGAAAUAAUUUAAGAUUCGAAUACAUUUAAUAUUCUUUUUUCACGAUUAAAAAGAAUACCGUAUUCUCGAAUUAAUUGAAUUAAUAUGUAUUUCGAGUUUUCGAAUUAAUUAACCGAUAAUUGUGGUAUUACAACCGUCAAAGUGAUACUAUGAAAACUUAUUGUCAUUUUGAAUCUUAUGAAUUUAAUACUUUAUGGCAAAGUUGUAAUACCACAGUUAUUCAAAUGCUCGGAGUACUUAUCAAAAAUAGUACACUUUGGUAUUUUAUUGCCACAACAUCACAACAUUUGGACCAAUCGACUUUUUGAUUGAUGUCUUAUGAUGUGGAUUCAUGUCAUUUUGGGUCAUUUGGCCAAUAUGAUCACAUUUUGGUUGAUUUAAUUAUUUGUUUCCUAAUAAUGGCCAAAAUAUCUUUCGUUUUGGUUCAUCUACAGUUAUACAGGAAUGAAAUGCGAAAACAUGAGCUUCGGAAUUGUCAAAAAGCUCAAAUCCUAACUUUAGAUAUGUCAAUAAAUACAAAAAUAUCUGACUGUAUUUCUAAAUGAAUUUGUCAAUAUUUAAAAUACUUUUUUAUAAAUUUCAAUGUAACUGCUUGUUUUUCAUAUACUGACAUUUGGAAUGUGCCAAUUAAGAAUAAAAAAUUGUGUGGUCAAAACAUAUUUUAAUUUUAUAUUCAUGCAAUUGUCCCAGUUGUCAAUGUUAGAUUAUAUUUUGAGAAAAACACCGGAAUUCGGUCGAUAUUAUAUGAAUAUAUGGUUGUAUUCCCAUUAAAUCUAUAAAAUCUAUCGUUUGCUUAUUGAUUUUACAUAUUUCCCAUAUUCAUUCCUUCCGUUUACAGCAAAAAUUUAUGAUUCGUAGAUCUCCCUUCUCAUUGAGUUACUAUUUCUUCUUAUGUCAUUCGAUUGUGAGACUUUGUACAAUAAUAUCUAGUUUUUCCUGUUCCAUAUUUUUAUAUUCUUCAUUUUUCUCUAUAUUACUAAUUUCAACGUUCAAUCAAAUUCCGAAGAUUGACGCAUUGCAGCUCUUACCAGAAGUUUUUCUUUGAACUAGUCCAACUUUCAAACUUCAUGUAUUUUAUAUCAUGAGCUUGAAAAUAUGUCAUUUUUUUUAAAUCUCUAUUUAGCUCGGUAUUAAGUAGUGUUUUAGAGUAUCGAGUAAUAACAAAGUUAGACCAAUGAUAGUAAGCACUACUUCCGAUAAAGACAUUUCACUGUAGGUGAUUAAAUAUUCAAAAAAUUUCAUUUUCGACGCUAUUUACCUUAAAAAUUGUAAUUCACAGAAUUAGUCAACAAAAUCACUCUUUUUUUCUUGAUAUGCCACAAGUUUGCAACAUCUAUUCGACAAAAGCUUCUUUAUCCGCUUCUUGUAUAAUGCGUUCUAUGUCAGAUACACUUUCUUACUUAUUUUUGAACUCUAGUUCUGCAUAACCCCUGUACAUUCGUCACUUGGUCAAUUUAUUAGAUUCUAACAAGUAAUAUCUCCAUUCCUAACAUAUCAAUUCGAUUUUCUGUUUUUAAAGUUGUGUGGCCAAGAUUUCCUACAUUAUUUACAAUUAUCACUGUUUCAUUUAGAUAAGAUUUCUUAUGAUUUAUAUAUCUUGCCAUUUAUGUAAUUUUUUUCUAAAAGCGAUGUAAAUAGUUAGUCGAAUAUAAUCAAAAUAUUUUUCGUAGUCAAUGAAACAUAUAAAUAAGUUUUUCAAAAAUUUCUGUACUAAUUUCAAUUAUUUCAGUGCUUCUCUAGCACUAGUCUCUUCUGCCCUUCUUAUUAUUCAUCGAAUCUUUGAUAUAUGACAUUUAAGAUUUCAAAGACAUUAAUCAUGGGCCGAUUAUUCUGGGAUAUUCAGACAGAUCUAUGAAAGUGGACGUUAGCUAGUCUAUAGAACUACACAAUCUUUUUUUGAUUGACCAAAGUUGAUUGAAAGUUAUGUUCGAUAUUUUCUAUAGUUUUUUAUGGAAUUUGUUGUAUGUAAUUCCCCUGCCUCCUGAUAUCGUUCUUGACGUUAACGUAAUCCAAACUUUCACUCCUUGUACAUUACUGUUACAUAGACAGAAUGACAAAUAACAUUUAAACUAGUGAUGUCAAGCUGGGAACAUGAAGAAUUCCUUUUAGUAUGCUUUUAAUAUUUUCACUCAUCGGCAAUAUUCUGGAUUGUAUUGUGACUAUUCAAUUUUUAUAUCGCCAAAUUAAGUCAAUGGAUAAACAGGACAUUGCAAAUUAUUAAGCAGAACGGAUUAAAAAAUAUUUGUUCUUAACGAAGUUAUGAAUAAUUCAAGUGAUUAUUGUCGAGUAUAAUUAAAGCUUGGUAAUAUUUUUUUAGGAGCACCAUUAUCUUUUGUAUCUGAAAUGAGUUUAUUUUAAUCACUUUUUUUAUAACGAUACAUUAGAAUUUGUGAGCUUAUUAGAGGUAUUUUAUUUUCAUUUCUGUCGAUGAAAUCAAAACUGUACUGUUUUUUUUAAUACAUCAAACAUUUGUAUGUAUAUAUAUAUAGUGCUAAAAUAAAAUAGUACGUAGCUAUUAAA